AUGAAUCCAGAGUCAGCUAAAGCUAUUCAAUCUCGCAUAGGCAAGGAAACAGAAGAUCUAGAACGUCCGGCGGGAGUUAGGAAGCCUAAACCAUCUACAGAAGGAGAGAUGACUUCAAAGGAGAAGACACCUACCCUAGCUCUAGAGAUGGUCGAUCAAGAUGACACAAAGAUUCUACCAGAGAAACCACGCCAUCGUCUACGUAAAACUGAUGAACAUUUUGAGAAGGUUAUUGAAGUUGUCCGCUUGUUGAACAUCAAUAUGCCACUGCUGGACGUUCUACAAGUUCCAACCUAUGCUCACUACUUCAAGAAUAUCCUGACAACCAAGCAAGAGAUUCUGCAGUUCCCUACAGAUCACAUCAAGAUGACAGAAGACUGCAGUGCUGCAAUUGCAAAUCAAGCUCCCAACAAGAAAAGGGAUCCUAGAUGUCCAACCAUCCCAGGUUCAAUUGGAGUGCUAAUAUUCAAAAGGGCAUUAUGUGAUCUUGGCGCAAGUCUAAGCAUCAUGCCCAAAGAUGUGUUCGAGAAGCUAUGCCUGCAGGAGACAGAACCGACUGCUAUGUGCUUGGAGUUGGCGGAUAACACCGUUCGCUAUCCUGAAGCCAUUGCUAUAGAUGUACCUAUGAAGAUCGGGAAUCACUUUGUCCUUGUUGACUUCAUGAUACUCGAGAUGGGAGAAUGA